AUGGUGCGCCCUGAUAGGAAAGAUUGGAGCCAAAGGUUGGAGGACACACUCUGGGCCUAUCGGACGGCGUACAAGACUCCUAUAGGGAUGUCACCGUACAGGUUGGUAUUUGGGAAGCCGUGUCACCUUCCAGUAGAGUUCGAGCACAAGGCUUUUUGGGCGAUAAAGCAAUGUAAUAUGAAUCUAGAAGAGGCCGGUGUUCAACGGAAGUUGGAUUUGCAAGAAUUGGAGAAGAUCCGGAACGAAACAUACGAAAACGCCUUGAUUUAUAAAAAGAAAAGCCGGGCAUUUCAUGACCAACAAAUUUCAAGAAAAACAUUUGAAGUUGUUGAGAUCCGAAGUACUAAGACAGACAACAAAUUUGUGGUGAAUGGGCACCGUCUCAAAUAUUAUUACGAAGGAUUUUCAGAUAAAGAGAGGGAGACAAUAAGGCUAGACGAACCACCGUGUCCUAAUCAGUGA